UGUUCCACUGAUAAUACCAUGUGUCGUUUUAUCGUGUCCUGCCUGGCGAUCCUCGCGAUUGCUUAUCAGUCUGCGGCAAAAGUUGUAACACGUGCGGACGGAAACCCACACGACCUCUUUCUCCCCGGUCAAGGACAAGCUAGCAAGUGUUUACAAUGUAAACUAUCCGACCAAAUGAGCUUAGCUGAGUGCUUGAUGAAACCAGAAACUGAUCCAGACAAAUAUGAAAUAUGUCAAACUUCACGCCCUGAAUGUAUGACUCAACUAUGGCAAAAAAAUACAGGUUUGGUUUUCGUAUCUGAAUGUCAACAACUGGAGGCUUGUAUCGAAGAAUCCGAAAAUGAACCACAUUUUAAUGAAUGUGAUGAAGCGCCAAUCUACGUGAAGACCAAGUGUCGAUAUUGCUGUGAUAACAACACUAUCACCCAAGGGUAUUACUGCCCACCACCACGAAAGACGGUCAAUUGCACAGUGUGCGGAGAUCCACGUUUCAAGACUUUUGACGGAUAUCACUACCACGAGGGCGGGGACUGUGAACUGUACACCCUGCUGCAUAUGAACUGUAGCAUGCAUGACUUAAAAGUGAAAGUUAGCGAGUUGAAAACCAAAGACCAUUAUCGUGUGAAAGAACUGUUUCUGGAACAGUACGGUGAACAAUUGAUACUUGGUGUUAAUAAUGGUGUAGACCCUGUCACAUUCACGCUGAUACCCAGUGGCGGUACCCCAAUAGAUGAAACGGAUUUCCCAGGUUGGCAUGGAUCUUUCAACCAAUUCUUAUUAAGUAAACAUGGUGAAUGUUACCACAUAACAAUGGAUGUGGAUGCUGAUGGUUUCUACGACCUGGUCGUCAAAUGGUGUGUCAGGAAGGUGGAACUCGAACUCUCGCAGCCCUACAGUGGUUGUUAUCAUGUGCGAGGUUUAUGUGGUGACGCGAAUGGUUCCCCAGAGUAUGAUAGAAUAACACCAGCCAACACGAAUGCGACCAGUGAUGAAGAAUUUCAUGAAUGCUGGGGUGAAGGUCUUGUACAGAACAAGAUGGAUCCAUCGUAUGAACAAGGAAUGUCUACUACUGCUACACCACAAGUCGAGCCUGAUGUUUCAUAA